UCGAAACAGUAGACGAUAGAGAAGAAUCGCAACGCGUGGGUAGACGAGGGCGAGUGCAGUGUGCAAGUGCGUGCGGGUCGUGUGUCGCUGAAAGCUCGCGCUGCGAAGCCUCCGAGAACCGCGGCUUCGGGCGAGCGCCCGCCUCGCGUCAGUGCCGGCCCGGCCGUGCCGUAGGCAUCACGCUCCGCUAUAUAACAACACUAACUGUUUAUUGCUGGACCACUGUGUCACUAUACUCUAACGAAUAUCCUCUAAGCGACUCCGAGCUGCCUACAGAGUGAACGCGGAAAAUUUGUAUCUGAAAGUGAGACGGGUGGCGGCAGAUGGAUCGGAGGCGCGCGGCGGCAGCGCUGCUCGCGCUGGCCGCGUGCAUCGCGUGCUCAUCGGCAGCACCGACAUCUAAUGACCAGACUGCGUUAGAGAUAAUGGAUGGUCCGACUGAAGGAUGUUAUUACAACUUCCAGCAUUACGGAGAGGGCGACAGAAUUAUGACAAACGAACCCUGCCUCAACUGCACGUGUCAUAAUCGGAUGCUUAUGUGCUACUUAAGAGUAUGUCCAUUUACGAAGCCCAUUGGCCAAGAUUGUACAGUGGAGAAACGAGCCGACCAGUGCUGUCCUAUCGUCACAUGCCCUGACGUUCCAGUUGACUUACUCACAUCGACUUCGACAUCUUCGCCUGCUGAAUAUGGAACAACUGGAGUUGGAAAACUUGACAAAUAUGGUUGUAGUAUUAACGGAAAAUACUUCUCUGAAGGUGCUAAAGUACCAUCGACUCCAAAUAAACCUUGCGAACAUUGCUACUGUAUUCGCAAUAUGACGACGUGUGUUAUGCAAGAGUGUACUUUACAUGUUGAUGGCUGUACUCCUAUUUAUCAUAAGGACGUGUGCUGUCCAGUACGGUAUUCUUGUGAUCACCCAGAAGACGAAAUCCUUCUGCUGGACGAUAUGACCACGACUGUACGCCCGACGCCAGGGUUCUUACUGACAACUACUACAGUAAUGCCAGUUACGCAGAUAAGCCAAGAUUGCGUUCAUGAUAACCAAAUUUUCCCAGAUGGAACUUUAAUUAAAACGGAAAAAGCUUGUGAACAUUGUUACUGUAUGAAAGGAGACAUUGUUUGCGUAGUACAAGAAUGCGGAACACCUAUGGAAAAUGAAGGUAAAAAUUGUACUUCGCUAUCCCCACGUCAUGGCCAAUGUUGUCCAGAUACUUACAUAUGCGAAGGAGAUGACCAAGGUACUGAAUUAACCACUGAAAAUGUUGACCAGACUACACUACCACCUAGAAGAGUUGGAGUCGAAGGAAGUGGAUAUAGGAAUGAACCAGAUGAAUCUUUCACAGAGUUAACUCCAUUUGAAACAGAUAUUGAAGGCAGUGGUGAAGAUGAUACACGAGAUAACCAAGUGACCAAAAUAGAGGAUGUAAUUACUGAGAAAGUCACUCCUGAUUUUACCGACGAAAUUUUAUUAGUUACAACAGAAAAAAUAAAAAUAAGCCAAACUACUGAACAUGAUAAGGAUCAAAACACAAUCCUAGAUAUCAUUUCUGGUGACGAAACUACCGACCAACCAGAUGUUAUGACACAAACGACAGAAGCAAAUGUUGAAUUAGCUACCGUUAAAGAAUUAAUAACUACUGAUUCUGAUGAUUAUAAGACUGUGCACGGAUCAAUUUCUAAGGAAGAUGAAUUUAUAACUACUGAAUCAGCGUUCAGGAAAGAAGAUAAUAAUAUUGUUGCUGAUGAAAUUCUAACCGUCAAAGAACACGAAAAGUUACCAACUACUGUGGUUGAUUUAGUCGAUGAAACUACGUUCAAAGAUGAGCAUUUAUUGGAAGUUAGCACAGAUUUUAAUUUACAACCUGAGCGUCAAAGUACAACAGAGUCUAUAGAAAUAUACACUGAAGAUAUCGCAAUUGUAAAACAAAAAGAAACAACUACAGUAGACCAAUCUCAAUCAAGUACUACUAUAAAAAUUGAACCUGAUGAUGCACUCCCAGCAACUUCCGAAGAAACCAGUAUAACUACAGCUACUAUUGAUAAAAUAGAUACACCUGAAACCACUUCGGUCAACCCAGUUAUUAACGAAGUUGAUGACAAUAUUCCGAUUUCAUCCGCUCCUGGUCGAAUACCCGGAGAAGGAGACUGUUUAUUAAAUGGAAUAACAUACAGUAAUAAUACAAUUGUUCCCAGUACUAACAACUGCCAUACUAGUUGUAAGUGUACUAGCAGUAUAAUAAAAUGUGACCCAAUAAUUUGCAGUUCCCCACCAGAAUAUAUGGAAAAUAUGAGUGAUUGCCAACCCAUUUAUGAUUCUCCUGAUGCUUGUUGUCCAACAUAUGUUUGCAGUGCUAAAGAAACGAUUCCUCCAGAAUCUCAUAACCAAAUGUCUGGUACAGAAAGUCCUAAGCCUAUUGCUCCUGGCGAAUGCAGUGGUCAAGACUGCAUAUUAGAUGAAGAACAAAAAGCAAUUUCCGAACCACCAAGCAAGUGCACAACUGUCGAUUGCUUAAAUAAAACUUCGGAAAAACAAGAACAAAGUGACUGUGGCUUAAAUAAAUGUGACGAUCAGUCACAACAGCCUCCUAUAAAACAAGAUUGCUCCGAUAAUAAAUGUCAAGUUUUGCCUGUUGUUUCCUGUGAAGGAGACAAUUGUUUAACUGAGCCAGUAACUGAGAUAGGUACACAAAAAUUACCUGAUUCAGAAAAUACGUCGCAAUUAAUUUGUAAUGAAAAUGGUGAAUGCAAACAGGCAGAAGCGGACUGCAAAGAUGAUAUCUGUGAAAAACACGAAAUUCCUGAAACGGAAGUAAAGACUCCAGCAGAUUGUACAGAACCUGACUGCAAAACACAGGACAAACCAUCACUACCACCUAAAAAAGAACCAGUUACAGAUUUCACCACUGAACAAAUGUCGGUUGACAAAGUGACACAAAUCUCAUUAACUGAUUUAGAUGUUGAUACUGAAUACCCAGCUAAAACUAUUUUACCACUGCUGGAUGAGAACAUAUCAGAAAAUCCGACAACGGAAGUAGUGAUUCAGAAAGAAACGGAUGUUACAGACAAAUUCACGACAGUGUCAGAAACUUUAACGAAUGACAAAACUGAAUCCCCAACGGCCCAGAGUAUAACAGAAAAAACUGAAAUUUUGAUAAGCACAGAAAAGGCUGAUACAGAUACACAACCAAAAGACGAAUAUAUAAAAAUGACAGAACAAACAAGUGUCGAACAAGAUACCGAACUUUCGGAAUUACCCGACAGUAAAGAUAAGACAACUGAAGCCAUAGAAGCAGAUCGAAUGUCAACUGAGAGUGAGAUGAGUUACCAUGUAACAUCAGAAUCUCCAGAUAAUAAGUUUGAAGACAACGUUACAGAUAAAAAGGAAAUCACAACUGAAAAAGUUGAUAUUUAUGCAACAGUAACAGAAUCAGUCACGGAUAAGGAAAGUGAAUAUACCAAACCUCCGAAACAAAAUGAAAUUGAAAUUGAAAAAUCAACAACCUCUAGUAUAAGCCUAGAUGACACUAAAAAAGAUGAAGCAAUAGAACAAGUUUCAGAAAUGUAUGGAAUGAAAGAUGAAACGUCAUCCGUUUCCACUGAAGUUAUAACUAAAGUAACAGAGAAAACCACAAUAGAGUUUAAUGAAGCUACAGAAAUGUACGAAUUACCACAAACAACAAAUGAACCUCUUAAAGAAAUUGUAGAAAUAGAAAAAGAAAAACCCACUGAAAUACCAGAAACAUAUAAGCCCCAAGAAGAAAUGACAGACGAUAAUCGUCAAGCACCAGAUGCUACUCAAUCUACUGAACUUUACGAGACAGAAGAUGAUACAGUUACAACAGAUACAAUCAAAGUUACUACGGAAUUAAUUGAUCGGACGACGGAAGCUUCCUUACAAAUGCAAACAAAAUCUGAUGAAGUUCCUAAACAUACACCCCAGGAAAUUAUAACUGAAAAACAUGAAACAUACACUGAAUCUUCUGAAUACAUUACAACUAAAUUAGAACAAACCACUUCUGAAUUAUCUAAACAGCAUGAAAAUACUCUAUCUACAACUCAAUAUAACUUAGAGAUGACGGAACAACCCAUUACAGAAAAAGAAUUCACUUUCACUGAGAGUUCGGAAACCUUAGUAACAAAAUCCGAAGAAACUACUCAUGAAAUUGUACAACCUGAAUCGGAAAAUGAAGAUAUCCAUGCAGAAACAACGGAGCAAGUCAUAAAAGAAUUAGACGUGACAUCAAUCAGACCGAUUACAGAAAUUCCAAAAAUACGCACUACAUCCGAAGAAUCAUUUACCAAGGAUUAUGAAAUAAAACAAGAGAUUACUUCUGAAUUACCCACAAUUAUUACAACAUUAGCGGGAGAAUCCAUUACCACGAUAAAUAUAACCGAAGAACAAGACAUCCUUACGAAAGAAACAGAAAAACCGACAAUUGAGAAAGAUUCGCAUGUUUCUGAUGAUAUUAUUUUCGAAACAUCAACUGCUGCGAUUGGUGUAAGUUUAACGGAUAAAUUAGAUGUUGAUAUGACAGAAUCCACUCCAGCUAAAACUAUAACAGAAAAACAAAGUUUUAUACUACCUACAAGCGAGUCAAAUAAAGUCGAUGAACUGGAUUAUGAAUCUCACAAAUUAGCGACAACGUUAAAAGAAAAUAUGUUUACUCAAGGAAUAACUACUGAAGAGGUCAUUGAAGUUACCGAAAAACAGACCAAAUCUCCUUUAGAAAGUGAAGAAAAACCUCAAAUAACAUCGACAGAAAUGCAAGAAAAACUAACUUCAGUAAGUAUUGACAAUGCCAUGGAUACCACUACUCAUCAACCAUCUCAAGAAAAAGAUGAAUCUCUUAAAACAACUUCUGGUUAUUCCACAAGCCAAAGUGAUCAUACAACUAUACAGUAUGUAAGCGAAACUCAAAAAAUAAACACAAUAAAAGAAUCUCAGCCACAGUUAGAUUCUUCUACGAUAACUUCUCUCUUUGAAGACAAGCUUGAAGGAUCAACAGACCUAAAUAUACUAAAAGAAAAUACACUUAAUGAAAUAACCACCAGUUCUCCCCAAGAUAAACAACAAGAGAAGGAGAAGGAUACUACAUUACUUACAGAGUCUGAAACUGCUUUACCAGAUAUAGAAAGAACAACAGUUGGCUUAGUGCCUGAAGAAGAAAAAGAAACUGAGCCUCAAUCAUACGUUACUGAGAGCCUAAUAACUGAUCUGGAUACUGAUAAACAAUCCACAGUUGUGAUCAUUGAUGGCCAACUAUAUAAAACAACCGAAAAAACUGUUGCAGAAGAAGAUAACUUACUACCAUCAACGCAUAAGUAUAGCACCGUAGAAGAUAUUGCCAAAGAAUCAACUUUGCAAUCUUCAUAUGACGUAUCUACUGAAAAAACAAAUUUACAAGAUACUUCUGAAAUAAGAAUUCCUAUGGAAGUAGAUACAACGAAACCAGAAAUGUAUACAAAGUAUGAUGAAUCUAGCACAACGGAAACUGUAAUAGAUAAGCAAGAGAAAGAAAGAGUUACUGAACUGCCAGACUUUUAUAUAACAUCCAAAGAAUCGGACUCAAGCCCUAUUCAAAAAGAAAAACUAGAUGAGACACAACAAUUAACAGGAUCUGAUGAAGAUAACGAACCACUUACAACACCUACAACUGUUCAAAAAGAAGAAGAGAAAACAAUUACAACAUCGCCCAUAUUAUUAGUUACAGAUAUUGACAGUGAAAAAGAAACUAUAAUAUCAGAGAAGAAUGAAGCUGAGAUGGAAUUAACAACCAAAAUAUAUGAUGAUAAAUUCUCAGAAACGGAAAAGGACCAGACAAUGAUAUCCGAUUUGUACACCACUGAACCACAAACACAGGCGUCUGAAAAUCCUGAAGAUAUAAACUCUCAAUAUCAAACAAUCAGCUCAGAAAAAAUUAUAACGACAGAAAAUCCAGAAUAUUUAUCCACUUCCAAAAUACCUGAGACUACUUUAUCUUCAUUAGGAGAGGUAGAAAAAGCAGAUGAACAAGAAAUAACGUCAGAGAAGGAAGUUCAUGAAAUUGAUCCAGUAAUUAACUUACAAACAACUCCACCAGAAUUAGAAAUACUAAGCACUACAUUUGUAACAAAAGAAGAUGAAACAUUUAACACAGAAAAGGAAAAAACAACAGUGAAAUCGAUUGUAGAUUUUGAAAAAUAUACUUCUUAUCCUCCUGAAUACCAAGCAACUGUUUUAGUACCGAAAGAAGAGAUAACAACUGAAUUGAUCAGCAAAGAAAUUUCGACAAUACCUCCAAAAGUAUUGGAUAAAGAAAAGGAUGAUUUUGAGGUCACUGAACUGUAUGGAACCACCCAACAAGGACCUUCUACGAUGCUUCCUGAAAUACAUCACCAUGAAAUGAUAACAGAUAAAGAAAUAUCUACAGAAUCCUUUGAAGCAGAAUCUCAUACAAUUACAACUAUUAAGCCAACUGUAGCAGAAGAGGAGCAUAUUGAAGAUGACACUCGUACACACACUUCGACUGAAAAUAUUCUUACAGAUAAGUCGACAGUCCCUCUCACAGACUCAAAAGAAUCUGAUGUUGCAGAACAAGAACACAAACCUACUGAUAUUCCUGUUUUCACUGAAAUACACACUUUGCCUGAUGUAAAUGUUAUUACAGAAAAACAUGAAAUAACCGAAACUGAUUCCUUAACUGAGAAAAUUGAGACUACCGAAACACAAACCGGUGAUCAAAAGGAUAGUAGUACUGAAUCGUCAAAAGAAAUAACUAAAGUGCCAGAACCAACUGAAACAGAUUACCAAAAAUUAACUACUGUAGUUUCCAACGAUGUAAAAGUUUCCACAACAAACGAAUUUGAAACGGAAUAUUCGCAAACAACAGAAAUUUCACAUCACACAGAACCAACCUCUUUAAUCACAGACAAUAAAUCACAGUUAGAUACAAAGGAUGAAUCAAUUACUUCAAUUACUGAAGAUUCUAGCACUAUAACAACAGUUCCAGAAAAAGAACAAACAGAUCGACCAGAUAUAUACAGUACAGUAUCGGCUAUCGAAUUACAAACUGACGAGUCUGUAACUCAAAAAGAAACGAAUAAAACAGCGACUGAGAUAUCCCCGACACCUUUGUCAAAUGUUAAUGUACCUACUCAAUCAUCAUCAGAAAUAUAUGACAUUUCAAGUGUGACAGAAGAUAAUAAACAAACUACAGACUCAGAAUAUACAGAAUUUAGUAAAACUACUUCGUUCUUAGUUGAGCUUGAAGAACAUACACACAGCGUAGUAGAUGAAAUUACAACAAAAGCUACAUUAGAAGAAAUUGCUACAACAGUACAUUAUGAGCCACAGCAACCAGAACGUGGUGAUCAAAUUUCUGAAGAUUUAAGCACACCCAAAGAAGAAUACCAGACGAGUGAACCUUCAAAAACAACAGAAGACGUAUUGAAAGUAGACAAGACAAAGCCAGUUACAGAUAUUCAAGAAGAAAUUGAUGCUAAUAUUAAAACUACAAAUACCCCAAUUCAAAAAUUACCUACAUCAACGUCCACUUAUGAGUCACAAGAAACUAAAAAAGAUUCUACUGUACACGAGGAAAAUAUAGUAACAUCAACUUCACAAGUAAUGAAGGAAAACGAUUUUACAACUGAAUCAGUUGAAAUACAGAAAAUAUCAUCUACAACAUUACCGGAUGUACCAGAUUCAUUUGAUAAAGAUAUUAGUUCCGAGAAACCACUGAAACCGGAGAUAUUUGAAGAAAAAGAAACAUCAGAAUUCGCAAAAGAUACAACCAGUAAAAUUAACGAAGAAACCUCAACGUAUUCGACCUCACAUAUCACCAAACCUAAAGAUAAGCCUAUUGAUACAACCGUGGCUCCAGCCAUAGAGGAAGUACCUAAGCCUGGAUUUACCGAUGAUAGUAAUGAAGGAAUACCAUCUCCAGAUUUUCCUCCGACUGGUGGGUAUGGACAAGAACCUGAUUAUAUUGACGAAGAUCAGGCAUUUGGCCCGGGAACCUGUCGGUAUGGCGGGAAAGUUUAUGUUUCCGCCCAACAAAUUCCACGAGACGACCCUUGUGACUUCUGCUUCUGCUUUAGAAGUGAUAUUAUUUGCUUGCAACAAAGUUGUCCUCCUCCUAUUCACGGAUGUCAUGAGGAGCCGAUACAAGGCUUUUGUUGUCCACGUUAUGAAUGUCCAGUAUCAAUGGCAACUACACUUAACGUUACUACAACAACAACUACAACUACUACAACCUUACCUCCACAUUUCCUCCCACAUGCUUAUAAAGGCGCAGCUCAACGAAGAGGUUGUCAAAUUAAAGGUCAUACGUAUAAGGUUGGAGAAGUCGUUCGGGCCUCAUCAGGACCAUGUUUGCAUUGCACGUGUGGAGGCGAUGGCCAAAUGAAAUGUGAUCCUAAAGCUUGCACACCGGAACCGAUGUUGAGACAAAUGAUCGCGGCCGCUGUUUCCGCAAAAAGACGAAGAUGAAAAACCUUAGAAGUAUUUUCAGCUGCAUGAAGAACAUCAUCAUAGAAGUUGACAUUUUUGUGAUAUCAAUUUUCAUGUAUUCUUUUAUGCACAAGAAUAAUGCUCAAAUUUCGCGAUGAAUUAGUUUAAGAUUUCGUGUCAUAUGUAGUAAUCGCUAUUAUUUUACAAUUUAAAUCCAUAUUAUCGUGGCACGCACAACCAAUAUUUUACAAUAAGUCUACCAUGACUGUGAUUAAAGUAUAAUAUAUAAUUAUUUUCAAAUUUUCAUUUUAAAUUUUGAUGUGUAAUAAAUGUUUAAUUGUUGUAAAAAGUCAGUGCCAAACGAUAGCGCUAAGUUAUAACGACUACGCCCUUAUAAAGAUGUUCUAAAUUUAAAAUAUUUAUAAAUGUAACUGACCUUAGAAAGCUGUGCCAACUAAUUACAAUAUAUAUGUAAUACAUUACAAAUACAAAAAGCUUUAUAGGUCAGCUUAGAUCGCCGAAAUCUUGACCAUUUUACAUAUUAUAAACAAUUUUUUUUACCCAUAUAAGUUUAGUCAAUUCUUUAUUUUUACACGAUGCUAUGCAAAAUGUUCUAAUAUCGUGUAAAUAUAGAGUAAAUUAAGGAUUCCAGAUGUUGUAAAUGCCUUACUUAAUUUGUAAUAAUUUAUAUAUUUUAGAUGUAUAGUACUUAAGCCAUGUUUCGAGACCAGUGACUACUUAUUAUAAUUUAGGAGUAAAACAAGGCCCUUUUCGACACUUUUGAAAAGUUUCAGUCGAUGCAUCGAUUUUCGAUACAGCCUUGGCCGUCACUUUUCUUAUUUUCGCAUCUUAGAGAAAAUGACAGACUACUUGUUUUCUCUAAUUUGUGAGAUUUAUACUAGCACUUAUUCAGUAAUAGUGGCCGAUAAUAAUCGUUUUGGAAAAAUCUUUACAUGAAAACUAAACGAUAAAGUAGAAUCUUUUAUAACUUUUUAUAUAAAAGUGCUGGUAGUAUAUUAAUAUUUGAUAAGCAGAUCGAGGUGGGUACGGAGGUUUCUCGACUAUUGUAAUUGUUAUUCGAUUAAAAUGAAAUAAUCGAUUACAUUAAUUCGUACCAACCUUUUUCUGUAUAAUGAGGUUGUAGUUAUAUCUCCUUAUUUAUUUAAAGUUAUAGCAAUAGUGAUACAUAUUUGUUUAAACUGGUGAUAAUUGUACUGUUUCUAAAGUUGUCUAUGGUUAACAGCAGUUCAAUAUGAAAUGUAAUGUCAAUUAUAUAUUAUUUUGUUCGAUUUAAUUAUAUCUUUUACCGAACAUUCAUAGCUAGGAUCUAGCUGCCUGUACAACUUAUGCAAACGAGUUUUAAAUAAAAUAUUUCAAAUCAAA